CAUGUCGAUUGCAAGGUUUCGUGUGAAAGUCCUGGCAAAGAGCCAGAACUUCACCAAGAGGUGGGUGGGCGGCCUGAUGCACAACAGCUUCCGCUUAGAGGAAAAUGGAGACAGGUCGCAACAGCAAUGGCGCCCGCUCCUGGCCCAAGUCAAAUCUUCUCGCUGGAGGGCUGCGAUUGAGUGCAUGGCAAAAAGGUGCGAAGGGCGGCGGGGCCCAGGUCGAGGACCACCUCGCGAGGAGAAUUGUUCCAGCGACUUUUGCAGGGAGGAGCGAGGAAAAGGAGAGCUUGUGCCACAACCCAAUAGGUCUCCCCACUUGGCUCUCCAUUUGUCUCCCUUCUUGUGGCAGCCUUGCAACGGAGGUGUGAUCAGCCACUUGGGCAUCCGUGUGUUCAUGUUUCAGAUGAAAGGGUCCGACCUCUCCCGCCUCGAUCUCGAGGAUCUUGCUCAGACAGACUGCUGUGGACAGCCGCUUCAUGUUGCAGCUACUUUGAUGCUGACUCUUCGUGAUACAGCAGAAAGGUGCCCGACUUAUGUGAAGCUUGCGGAGGUUUCACCAGUAUCCAAGGUGCAGGUGGAACAGGCUUACAUGGCCCGUUUUGGGCUGUCAAAGUCACAGGUGGAGGAACAAAAGAAGGCCUUCGAUGCCUUGGACUUGGACGGCAACGGGAAGAUCACCUUCCAAGAGGUCAAGGAGAUGAAUACGACUCUUGGCUCACCGAUGUCUGAUAAGGAGCUGAAUGAGCAAUUUGUUUCCCUAGACGUGGAUCAUAAUGACAUCGUGACUUUCGCGGAGUUUCUGAAGGUCUUUGUCAAGGGCGAGUUUGGCCGCGACGUGCUGUUACCCAACGUGGAUGAAACGGCGCAGGUGAGCGAUCUCAUCGAGCCUCAAAGACCGCGACUCAGCAGUAGGCUGGAUCCCAUUGAUGAGUCCAAGAUGGUAAUGAAGCUGUCGCAAGAAAAAAGUGCCAGCUACUACCUACGCGUAGCGAAGCAGAUGCUCACAGGAGCACAGGACAAAGCUGCCUAUGACCUGUUAGAGCUCAAUGCAUUGGGCUAUGCUAUUCCGCUGGCCACUGCGGUGGCUGCGGCAUUGGAGGAGGAGAAGCUGGCGCAGGUGCAGUCGAUCCGCACCGACUUACGGGAAGUGCCGCAACCCAGAUGCCAGAGUUGCUCAUAG